UCCUCCCUCCCGGUCCUCCCGGUGCUGGUGUUGGCCUGCGACCGCAGCACGGUUCGCCGUUGCCUGGACGCAUUGCUCCGUUACCGGCCGUCGGCCGAACGUUUCCCGGUGCUGGUCAGCCAAGACUGCGCUCACGCCGAGACGGCCGCCGUCAUCGCGUCCUACGGCGACGCCGUCACCCGCCUCCGUCCCCCUCCUCCAUCCAGCGCCGAACCCUUGGCCGUCCCCAACGAGCACCGCAAAUUCGUCGGCUACUACAAAAUCGCCCGCCAUUACCGCUGGGCUUUGGCUCACGUCUUCCGCGUCCUCCGUCACCGGGCGGCCAUCGUGGUGGAAGACGACCUGGAGGUGGCCCCGGAUUUCUUCGAGUAUUUCCAAGCCGUUUUCCCAUUGCUCCUGAGCGAUCCCAGCCUUUGGUGCGCCUCGGCUUGGCACGACAACGGCAAAGAGCAACUGGUGGACGUCGGCAAACCGGAGCUCCUGUACCGCACCGAUUUCUUUCCCGGUUUGGGUUGGUUGCUGACGGCCGAGCUUUGGGACGAACUGGAAGCCAAAUGGCCGCCGGCUUUUUGGGACGAUUGGAUGAGGCAACCCGAACAACGACGCGGACGUUCGUGCGUCCGACCCGAAAUCUCGCGGACCGUCACCUUCGGGCGCCGGGGGGUGAGCCACGGGCAGUUCUUCGAGCAGCACCUGCGCUUCAUCCGCCUCAACCGUCGCUUCGUCCCCUUCACCCGCAUGGACCUGUCCUACCUGCGCAGAGAGCGCUACGACCCCAGCUUCAUGGCCGAGGUGUACGGGGCCCGGGCCGUGAGGCUGGAGGAGCUGCAGGCCGACGACGGAGACGGAACGGAGAACGGAGGAAGGGACGCGGGCCCGCUGCGGCUGCAGUACGGCGGGCGCGAGGCCUUCAAGGCGCUGGCCAAAGCCGUGGGGCUGAUGGACGACCUGAAGGCCGGCGUGCCGCGCGCCGGUUACCGCGGCGUCGUCACCUUCGUGCACCGCGGGCGCCGCGUCUACCUGGCGCCUCCGGCCGGCUGGGCGGGAUACGACCCCUCCUGGGGGUGACGCCGGGGGAACGGGGGCAAAAUGAAGCGAGCCAGCCGGGAACCCGGCGCCCCGAGUGGAAA